AUGUUUAUGUGGAAGUGUCUGAGGGGAAUCCUCCCGGUAGGAGAGAAUCUGCUGGCCCGACAUAUAAACAUCAACCCCGCGUGUAAGCGGAGCGGUAACUCAGAAUCUAUCAAUCAUCUUAUUUUCCAUUGUCCGUUUGCUCGGGAAGUGUGGAAUCUCGCUCCUCUCGACGAACGGUUUGGUAUUAGCGGAUUGACAGAUUUGAGAGCUGACUGGACGGAGCUCCAGGCGCAGUUGUGCCUCCCCCCAACAGGUUUAUCUUCCUCCCCGAUUGUUCCUUGGAUUAUAUGGGGCUUGUGGAAAGCACGGAACAGGUAUGUCUUUGAGAAUUUCGCUGGGACUCCGGCAGACAUACUAUGGCAGGCAAUAGUUGCAGCAAAAGAGUGGGCCGCCGCGCAGGAGAAGAAAGCUAUUUGUAGCCAAAAGUGCCCGGUGCAGUUGUCUCGUGUGCUUGGUACGAUAGCCCGGGCGGACGCUGCGUGGUCAGCGACCACAAAAAAUGCAGGUUUAGGAUGGACGGUCACUUCGCGAGAACAGAGGACUAUGCUAAAGAAAGGGAUUGGUUAUACUCCCUCAGCCCUAGUUGCAGAAGGCUUAGCACUGAAGGCAGCGGUAGGUACUUGCAGCCUCCAGAGUGUGAAGGAAGUCUUUUUUGAAUCGGAUUCGAGCCAACUGAUUUCGGCUGUCAAUGGUGGUAACCCCCCCUUGGAGCUGUAUGGAAUUGUGGAAGAUAUCCACAUUAUUGCUAGUGCUUUUGAUGAUGUUGUAUUUGGUUGGAUCUCGAGAGAGAGGAAUGUGGAGGCUGAUUUACUGGCCAAAAGUGCCUUAAGUUUGUAUGAACAAGAGGUGGUUGUGGCUUUAAUGCCCCCACCAAACUAG